AUGAGCACCAUCAAGAGGGAUGAGCAAGUUGAAAUUACGGCAUAUGCUGCUUUGUUGAAAGGAGAUCAUCUUUCAUUGUUUGAUUCAAUAGAUAGGCCCUUCUUAAUAUUUGGGAAAAAUGCGAAAGAGCAAACUGAGAGAUUCUUAGAGUGCAUUCAAGAUACCAGGAAGGUAAUACUCCGAAGAAAUAAUGAAAGACUAAGUUUUUUUUAUAAACGCACCAUUUAUGGGAAAUAUCCCAAGAGAUGCUAUGCAUUCAAAACGCCAAAGGAUGUUUCCAAAUCCUCAGAAUUAAUACGUAUACUAUUUCUUUCUAUGCCAAAUCUUAAGGAAAAGUCUUAUGCUCCAAAGAACAGAUUUGAGGAGAUUUUUAACACUGCAAAAGAUCCUGAGACAUUGGACGAUUCGGAUAUGGGCAGUCUUUUGGAUGACGAUGACCAUGGUGGAAGUGAAGUUGAGCUCUUCACAAAGAAUAAUCCAUACGUAGAGAUGAAAAAUACUUACUUGCUGUCAACUAAUGACUCGUUGUACUUGGUAGGCGAACCUGUGCCAACGAAAAUAUCUGAUGGCAUUGCAGAUUGUGAAGUAUUUGAUACACUGCCAGGGACUGCUAAAAGUUUUGUUUUGAUAGCCACUAACACUGGUUAUUUAAAAAUGAUAUACAUGAAGGACAAUACCGAGGAACCGUGUUGUAUUCAGUCAAGUCUUUUAGGUCGAGAGGGUACAUGGCAUAUUGUUAAGCAUGCCACUGCCAAUCAAUUUGUGGCAGUAAACAUGAUAACGGGGGUCUGCAAGUUUUUCAAAUUCGAACAAUUUUCUCGUUUUCAGCUUAUUAAUAACUUGACUAUUGACAAUGCAUCUAUAUUGGAUUGCAUUUUCCUACCUAAUAAAAUCAAGUCACACUUUUUACUCUUUAUAGCUGCCUUGCGAUGUCACAGGCUAGUUUAUUUCUGUAUCGAAUGGGAUUUCGAGGCAUCCGCGAGCAAAUGGGUUCAUCAUUUACCUUAUUUCAGUGACGAAAAACCCGAACGAUCUAUACCAAUAGGUGACCGCAAAUGUUUUGUUUUCUUUCAUGACGAAAUCCAUCUGGUUUGUGCAGAUCAGAUAAUGUCUGGUGAGACUAAUUUCAAAAAGUUUCACUUUAACGCCUUGAAAGAUGUCUUAUCUUUCUUUGACGCCCCGAUUCUACUCAAGAAACUCCAGGGAAUUAAUGAAAGACAGUUUGCGGAGUUCACUGAUUGCACAGUAUUGGCUUCCAAGAGUGGCAAUAUUGUGAUAUGUUUAACAAAUGAUGCUAAUGAAAUAAGAUUAUAUUCCUUAACAAGGUUCAAAGGUCUGAAAAGCAUUUGCGCGGCUGUCGGCCAGGCGCAAAGAGUUGAAGAAUAUAAUAUAGCUAUUGUUAGUUUCUCGAGGACACUUGAAUUGACAAUCGAUAUUACAGAUAUAGACUUACUCGAUGAAAAAUCAAAUAUUCCCUCACUGCAUCGUAUCAUUAUGAAACAUACCAUGGAUAGUUCAACAGAAGAGGCUUCCGAGCUGUUAGUGCUUUCCCCUCCAAAAAUGACUAGUAGGUUUGCUACUGAGCUCUGGACAGUGUCCCCUGUUGCAUUGACACAUUUACAACGCCAGUUUCCAGUGAGAAAGCUUAACGCCAUUUGCACACUGUCAGAAUUUGAGUUAUUUAACCAUCUUGAGAUAGUAGAUUUGAGCAAGUUAGGGAGCACAGUUGGGACUAAACUGCUCGAUGAACGUGAUGAGAACAAUGAGAGAAAGUACUUUAUUUUUGGUUCAGACAAAUUACUUACUUCUCAAGCUUAUAUUUUAGAUACCACAGAUGGAAAUCCUAAAAUAGUGGAACUCGAUGAUCUGUUCUGCGGCAAAAAUGAGCUUACAUUAGCAGUUUUUUUCCCUCAGCAGGACGCUAUGGUUCAGGUAACGGAAAGCACUGUCUAUCUCGAAAGCCACCUUUCUGACUCCGACGUUCUGCCUACACAAUUUUCUCCGGGAUGGAAGAUUGAAGGUGUUUCGUAUCUUCUCAAUAAAGUCAUCAUAUGGAGUAUCUCAGAGAAAAGAGUCUCGUAUAUUGAUGAUAUUCAAAGCUUGGUUGAUGGAAAUUCUUUUAAGAAAAGCGCUCUUAUUGAAGAGCAGAUGCUAAAUUUAUCAUUAGACACAGAGUUUCUCUUCAUCGAUUUAGAAGGCUGUCACUUAUUAGUGACAGCAAAUAAAGGACUCCUGGGCUAUGCUUGGAAGGAUAUUGUUUCCGACGAGAGGAAAACAUCGAAGCCCAAAAUUGUAUAUCCCAAGAAAUGUAGGUGCUUGAAGUGGUUCGCUCCGGAGCUUUGCUUUGUAACAAAUGACCAUGAAUUUAUCAUUUUUAACAUGUCGAUAAACGCAGGGAAAACAUUAGAGAUGUGCUAUGGAAAGAAGGAUAUAAGAAUCAAAGGCAUAGACUCAUGCAAUGGACUAGUAUUCUCAACGCAGGAAAUUACUUUAUUUUCUAUACGACGAUCAAAUAAUAGUGUUGACUGUUAUGAUUUGAAAUUGCCUUAUCAAAGCAGAGUCAACCCAAUUUUGGAUGUCCAUGUUGAUGCAAAUGCACAAAUAGUUUUUGUGCUCUACAGCACUGGUUUGAGAGUGUUUGACAUGUCCUACCUUUCAUGGAACUACUCUAGUUAUCUUUUGAGAGCAACCAAACAAAGCAAUAAAAAAUCAAUUUUCAUAAAGAAGCUUAAUCGGCUGCUCGUUAUAAACUUCUGCAACAGAGAAUGGGAUUGCUUGAAAUUAUCUGAUGGUAAGAUAUUGGCACUAAAUCCCAUGGUUCUAGCAGAUUCGAUAGCUAACCCACUUCUUGAUGUCGUUGAAAUUCCAAACUCAUCUAAAUAUGUCUCUUUGGUUAUCAUCUUCAAGCAUACUCUAAAGUUGGUUAACUUAAUACCAUAUCAUGGUAAGAUUGUAAUUAAAGAAAAAUGCAAACAAGAUUUUCAUGAGCAUUUUUUGUUUCCUCAUGUUGAAGUAAAUGAAAAUGGUGAGUGCUAUAUUUUACAAAUUCCAAAAGAGAUGGAUGGCAGCGAAAACAUUAAAAAGGCCAAGAUUUGCUGCUAUGAACUAAGGAACUGCGAGGAGCUCCAUUUGGUCACUAGCAUAUACUUGAGAGUGCCGUCAGAUGACUCAAUAAAGGAGUUUAGAUUAGUAGGGCGCGAUCAUAUACUGAUCAGAUCUUCUUUGUAUGCGAAGGCUUUCCUUCUUAACAAUAUCUCUUCAUCAGAACACAACGCCAGAGUGCUUCCGAUCAAUAAUCCCCCAAAUUUAAAUAUAUUCAAAAUGGCUCCUCUGGACAAUGAAACUUUUGUUAUAGUAUAUCGCUGUCAAGAACGACCAGAUCACAUCUCAGAACUGCAUUUUUUUCACAAGGAUGAUAUUUCUUUCACAAAUCAUAUGCUUUCAUUUCCUGCAGAUGGAAGUGUUAAUUUGUUUGAGGAAUCCAUCAAAAUUGCCAACGAGGAAGAGGAAAACCUCGCCAGCACCGAUGAAGAAAUUGAUGGUCAUCCUUCACCAGCAGCUGAACUGAAUGAGCGUCCAUCAGAAAACGGUUCAGAAAACGAGACUGGAGGUGAGUCAGGAAAUGAAUACAUGCAAGAAUUAGAAGUAAAUGAUAUACCCAGCUCUCAGGCCUCAACACUUUCUUUUAGUGGCAAUGAACUGGAUAUUGAAAUGGACGAAGUGGAUGAAAUUGACGCUUUUGGGGUCGAGCCUCGGGAGGUAAGCCAAAAUAUCCCCGAAGAACAACAUCAGAUGAAUUCGCCGCAGUCAUUUCCUUCCGCUUUCGAUGGAGAACAACGUAGGGUGAAUAAUUUUCAGUUCGAAUCAGAAGACGAUGAACUAGAGGAAAGCACAAGAUGCACUUCAUUGCGAAGACCCUACAAAAAAAUCAAACUCGACAAAUCAGUCAUGGAUGUCAAGUACGACCCUGCAGCUCGGUUACUAUAUGUGCUGACUACUGGCGGCUCAGUGCUAGUUUUCGCCGGUACAUCCGAAACUGCUGCAGAUAAUAACGAGAGGCAUAACAAUUCGGGCUACAGGAUCUCGACACAUGAAUUGAACAAGACCCAGGCCAACAUGGACUUGCGCACCUUCGCAUAA